ACCCAGCCGUCGACCCCGGCAGAGCCCUUGAUGCGCCUCGGUGUCGCCGCCAUGGACCGCAAGGCGCGCUCCCGGCCGAUGCGCAACAUCCUGUCGCGCCUCCUCGCGACGGGCAAGUUCGAGAUCACCGUCUUUGGCGACAAAGUCAUCCUCGACGAGGACAUCGAGAACUGGCCCGUGUGCGACUUCCUCAUCUCGUUCUACUCGGACGGGUUCCCGAUCGACAAAGCCAUCGCCUACGUCGACCUGCGCAAGCCCGUGUGCGUCAACGACCUGCCGCUACAGAAGAUCUUCUGGGACCGCCGCGUCGUCCUCCAGAUCCUCGACAAGAUCGGCGUCCCGACCCCGGCACGCCUCGAGUGCAACCGCGACGGCGGCCCGCAGCUCGACAAGGCCAUCGCCGACCAGAUCCAGCAGAGCCUCGGCGUGCGCGUCGACAAGCCGCGCCCGACGAGCGACUUUGCGCUCGAGGAGGACGACACGAUCGUCAUCGACGGCAAGAAGAUGGUCAAGCCCUUCGUCGAGAAGCCCGUCAGCGGCGAGAACCACAACGUCAACAUCUACUUCCCCAAGGCCAAGGGAGGCGGCGCUCGCAGGCUCUUCCGCAAGGUCGGCAACCAGUCGUCGGCGCACGAGCCCAACAUGACGAUGCCGCGCACCGACGCGAGCUACAUCUACGAGCAGUUUGUCGACGUCGAGAACGCCGAGGACAUCAAGGUGUACACGCUCGGCCCCAACUUUGUGCACGCCGAGACGCGCAAGUCGCCUGUCGUCGACGGCAUCGUCCGGCGCAACACCGAGGGCAAGGAGAUCCGGUUCAUCUGCCAGUUGAGCGACGCCGAGAAGAAGAUGGCCCGCGACAUCUCGAUCGCGUUCAAGCAGAACAUCUGCGGCUUCGACAUGUUGCGCGCCGGCGGCAAGAGCUACGUGAUCGACGUCAACGGCUGGUCGUUCGUCAAGGGCAACGACUUCUACUACGACAAGUGCGCCGAGAUCUUGACCAACUUCUGCCUGCGCAAGAUGCCGUCGCUCCCCAAGCCCGUCGCCGUCCAGCCCGACAAGCCUCGCGAGAAGUCGUGGACGCUCAAGAGCACGAUCUGCGUCGCCCGGCACGGCGAUCGCACGCCCAAGUGCAAGCUCAAGUUCAAGUUCAAGGGCAAGGACGCCUGGACCGCGCCCUUCCUCACCCUCCUCCAGGGUCGCACGACCGAGAUUAUCCUGCGCGACCCGGAGCAGCUGCAGUACAUCGCCGACGCGGCCGAGCAGGCGGCCAUCCUCCCCGGCGCCGACCUCGACAUCUGCGAGCAGCUGCGCAAGAUCAUCGACAAGAAGAAGGGCACGACGGGCACCAAGGCGCAGCUCAAGCCCGUCUUUGACGGCGAGACGUGCGAGCAGCUGUCGGUCGUCGUCAAGUGGGGCGGCGAGUUCACCCACGCGGCACGGUACCAGGCUCGCGACAUCGCCGAGAACAUGCGCAAAGACUACACGAUCAUGAACAAGACCUUGCUCGACCACACCAACGUGUACACAUCGUCUGAGCGCCGAGUUGUCGCGACCGCCGAGAUCUUCACGACUGCCUUCCUCGACGAGCGCGAGCGACCGUCGGGCGACCAGCAGACGACGCAUCAGCUCAUCAUCCGCAAGGACCUCCUCGACGACUCGAACGCGGCCAAGGACGAGAUGGAGAAGGUCAAGAAGAAGCUCAAGACGCUGUGCCGCCCGGGCCUGCACGUCCGCCCCGAGUUCGCCUCAACUGACUCGUCCCACGUCCCGCAGGUCGUCAAGGAGACGAUCGAGCUCAUGGGCAGCCUGCGCAAGAUCAUGAACGACAACUGGGGCACGCUCGCCGUCGAGAAGAUUCAGCCGAGGUGGUGCUGCGGCGAGUACCCGUACCUGUUCCGCGAGCGGUGGGAGGGCCUCUUUGCCGACUGGUGCGACGUCAGCCUCGAGAAGUUCGACCCGUCGCGCGUCUCGGAGCUGUACGACUCGCUCAAGUACGACUCGCUGCACAACCGCACGUUCCUCGAGACCAUCUUCACCCUGAACGGCAGCCGCCCGUCCUCGACCGACGGCCGCGCAGGGUCCGAGGGCUCGGCUCGCCAGGCGGGCCCGCCGAAGCAGCUGCGCGAGCUGUACAAGCGCGCCAAGCUCCUGUUCGACCUCAUCGCGCCGCAGGAGUACGGCAUCGAGCGAUCGGAGAAGGAGAUCAUCGGGCUCUUGACGAGCCUGCCCCUGCUCGAGCAGAUUGUGCGCAACCUCGAGGAGACGAAGCAGGUCGAGAACCCGAGCGCCAACUUCUACUUCACCAAGGAGUCGCACAUCCACACGCUCGUCAACCUCGUCACGCUCUCGGACCUGCCCAUCGUCAUGCCGCACGUCCCCGAGCUCGACUACAUGUCCUACAUCUCGUUCGAGGUGUACGAGCGCAUGAAGGGCGAGCAGAAGGAGUUGUCGGUGCGCGUCACGCUGUCCGAGGGCGCGCACUCGGCCGUGCUCGACGCGAGCCUCGACGCCAAGCAUGCUCUGCAGGUGCAGCCGAGGCGGGCCUUGACCGACUACAUCUCGCUCGACCGCGUCAUCGGCAUUCUCAAGCGGCACAGCGGCAAGGCGUCGGCGCUCAGCCUCACCAAGUCGACGACCAAGCUCGAGGGCUUCCUCCCCGUCGAGGGCGACGAGCUCUUCCACGGCACGCGGCCCCAACUCGAGCAGAUCCGCGAGUUCACCGUGUACAACCGGCCUGGGUCGGUCUACUCGGCGGCGAGCGAGCGGGGCGACUAGAGCCGGCGUCGAGAAGCGAGGAGAGGCAGGGCGGGAGCGAGGAGGCGGUCCGAGCGGGGCUGAGCGGUCGAGACGCACGA